AUGGACAUUGAACAGAAGGUGUGGUGUAGAAAUGGUCCUCGACUGAUGGAGCGAUUUUUUUUAAGGAACAUAAGUGAAGUUCUCGAAAUUGGUAUUUUUCGACGAUGUAAUGCAGUUGAUGAUCGCUAUGGUGUAUUAUACAAUUGUUUUCGUUAUGCGAAUAAUGUUUAUCCUCCGAAAACAUCUCAAAAAAUGGUUCAUACGAAUAUGUUCAUUCAGCAUCGCUUAUGUUUCUACUGCAAUUUAUUUUGUUCACAAAUUUAUAUACUUGUAAAGCUUAGCGACAUUUUGUUUAGUUACAAUUCAGGCAAACAGCUCAAUUUAGUAUCUUUAUUAUGUGAUUCUUCGAAAUUGUUACUUUUAAAUGAAUUGGAUCGGUUAAAAUCAUCUGUUGUGGAAACACAUAUUUGUGCAUCUAAUAAUCUUUGCUUUCAUAUAAAUUCACAUAAUUUUGAAGUUCCAUUUCGAUGGAUUUGGCAUCAUUCGAUUCUUGGUAAAGAGCAUUUAGAAAAUAUUUUCAUUCUACGCGCAUUGAAGGAUGCAAUAAUUCAUAAUAAUGUAAACGUCGUGCUUUUAAUUUUACAGUUUAUAGAUGUGAAGAUCGAUUAUGAUUCUCUGGAGAAGGCAAUUAUUCACGUGGAUUCGAUUUUGACAAAAAUUUUAUUGCAUCAUGAAGCACCUCUUUUUUCCAAUGAAGAUGGACAAAUGAAUGAUAUCCUUUUAGAAUCUGUGAAGAAAAAGUCUUCUGCUAUAUUGGAAGAGUUGCUUAAAUUCAGGAGAUUAAAUUGCUAUUACACUAGUAAGAAUGUGACCAGUGAUGCUAUGCUUUUGCUACUUGCGAUCAAGUCGAGUUGGUUACGAGGCGUAAUACUACUUUUAGAAUAUGGCGUUAAUGUGUUGGCAGUUAAUGAACGUGGUGAAACGGCGUUACAUAUUCUUGCAUCAACUUUAUCCAAAGAUGUAUUUGUAGUUGGCCAAGCAGUUUUAAGGACUCGACAGUUUUCACCAUCUUUUAUUAAUGUUGCUGACCAUAAUGGAUUAGUACCUCUUGCUAUCGCUUAUAAAAAAUCGAACUGGAUUAUAGCAAGAAAUGAAUCGAUAAGUUUGGAUGUGAAACGAAUUUUUUAUAUUAUUUUGGUCGAAAAAGUUGGGUUGCAAGUUACGAGUUGGUGCAUUGAUGAGUUAGGUGAAUCUUAUGUGGAACGUAAAAAGCGCAGAGAAUAUGGAGAGUGCGCGAAAUGGAACUCGAAAAGAUUACUCUGUUUUAACGAAUAUUGGAUGGAAGUGGAAGUGGAAUUGGUAGAAGAUGGAGGUAAAGAGGGUGGGAGGAGGACAUUUAGUCGUGUUUAA